AUGACCGAAUACUCCCAGGAAGAAGAAAGCAUUUCACAGGCGCAUAAUUUCCAGUUGCAGAGAUCUCUAAAAUUGCUCCACGGCGUCGCAAACGGUGCCGUAGGCUACGAGCUCGAGGCUCGAAGCCUUCGUGAUGGGAAUUGGCAUGCCGGAGCCAUAGCGACUAUAAUCGACAGUGUUGGUGCCACCGCCAUAUACUCCGUCUGUCACAAAGUAAAAGUCACCGUCAAUUUCAACAUUCAAUAUCAUUCUACUGCUAAGAUUCAGGAAGAAGUGGAGAUAGAGGCAAAGGCAAACGGAAACCGAGGAAAGCUUUCAUCUGUGCUGGUAGAGAUUCGAAACAAAUCCAAGAAUGGACGGUUGAUUGCAGUUGGUACUCAAUGGACGGCUGGUAAUGACUAUAGAUCACCUCAACCUCAAGCUAAGCUUUGA